CCCCGCUCUCCCCUACCAGAUGUGGGCCGCAUUGGAGGAGAUGGCAGGGAGGUAGGCACCGGGGGGUCAGGGGCCCUCUGGUACAUUGGGAUGUACCCAGCUACCGUGAUUCCAGCCAGGUAAGGUCUUUAAAAAAAUAAUAAUAGAAUAAAUGGCAGAAGACUUAAAGGUGAAGUACUUAAUGCAUGGGCAGGGGCAAAGAUAAAUGAAUUCAUCAAUUGAUACGUAGAUGGAUAGGAUUUUUAAAAUAUGUCAGCUGCCAGUCUUUAUGGAUUUCAGAGCUUUGAACAACUUGAAAUGCUGUCCAGGUGCAACUGAAAAUUUCAACUGCAUCUCUCUCAUCUCUUUGUCUCUUAGCUCUUGAUGCCUCUCAUCCUUCUCUGUCUCUCUGCUCACCCUGUCUCGCUCUUUUACGUGUUUCUCUGCCUCUCUUUCUCCCGCCAUCUGUCUGUUGCUACACUCAGACUCUCUUUCCCCGCAUCUCUCCUGGCCUCUGACCAUCUCCCCUGUCUCUGUCUCCUCCAUCUUGACUACACUCCAUCGAUCUCCUUUCCUCCAUCUCUCCCACUCUCUUUUCUUGCCUUCCCCCCACCCUCCCGCCAUCCCAGCCAGCAUCCAGCCUAGAGCUUUGUACACAGCUGGCGCUUAAUAAUAGUAAUGUCACUGAGGACCUUUACAUUUUAUGAGAGUGAGCAUCAGUUCUGUUCACCCUGGUAGCAGGAUUGCAAGGUGCCUGGGCAAGCUGAGCACUUAACUGAACUUUGCGUGUAUCACUUUAGAGGAGACCCUUGGGGUGGGGGUGGGGGCAGGGAGCACUUCACGCCAUUGUCAACCAUGGUUUAGCUGUGUGGACCUACCCCAGGACUGCAUGUGUGUGACCAGAGUCCAUGUUCAGGAAGCGAGCAGGUGGUUCAGGGCUGGGAUGAGCUUGAUUCUGCAGGCUUAGCAUAGCGUUUGGCACACAAUAAGUGCUCACGAAGUGUUAGCUAGUAGUAUCUCUGUAACCAAAUUAGAAUCAUGCUAUAUAUUGGUUUUGUUCCUGCUUUAUUCAAUUAAUAGUAGUGUUUUUGAAGCUUACUAAAAAUUGUUUGAAUACAUGAUCUUUCCUGAGGGAUAAGACUGUCCUCACAUCAGCAUGAACUUUGAUUGAUUUGACCAAGUGCCAGUUGUUGGACAUUCCAGUUGUUUCUUGUUUUUUUCUAUAAACUUCCCUGACUGCUUCCUUGGAUUCCUGAAAAGGGAGUUGCUGGGGCAAAGGGAACAUGCGUUUUUAAAGUUUAUGACCCUCUCUGCAAAUUCUCCUUCCAAAAGAUUGUCCUAUUUUAUGCUCCCUCUACUUAACCUAACCCUGGCCUGCCCUUGGACAAGGACCCGAUGCCCAACCCCAGGCCAGGCAAGCCCUCGGCCCCUUCCUUGGCCCUUGGCCCAUCCCCAGGAGCCUCGCCCAGCUGGAGGGCUGCGCCCAAAGCCUCAGACCUGCUGGGGGCCCGGGGCCCUGGGGGAAUCUUCCAGGGCCGAGAUCUUCGAGGCGGGGCUCAUGCCUCCUCUUCCUCCUUGAACCCUAUGCCACCAUCGCAGCUGCAGCUGCCCACACUGCCCCUAGUCAUGGUGGCACCCUCCGGGGCACGGCUGGGCCCCUUGCCCCACUUACAGGCACUCCUCCAGGACAGGCCACAUUUCAUGCACCAGGUAUGGACGGUGAAUGGGCAGGGAGGAGGGAGCAGGUGGGAGAACUGUGGGGAGGGACCCCAAGCCAGGCUGAACCACAGCCCACAUGUGCCCCCCCAGCUCUCAACGGUGGAUGCCCACGCCCGGACCCCUGUGCUGCAGGUGCACCCCCUGGAGAGCCCAGCCAUGAUCAGCCUCCCACCACCCACCACUGCCACUGGGGUCUUCUCCCUCAAGGCCCGGCCUGGCCUCCCACCUGGGAUCAACGUGGCCAGCCUGGAAUGGGUGUCCAGGGAGCCAGCACUGCUCUGCACCUUCCCAAAUCCUGGUGCACCCAGGAAGGACAGGUCAGUGGACAGGGCUGGGAAGGAUCCUCACCCUCCUAUCCCCUCCCCUGACACCCUCUAUCCCCCCAGCACCCUUUCGGCCAUGCCCCAGAGCUCCUACCCACUGCUGGCAAAUGGUGUCUGCAAGUGGCCCGGAUGUGAGAAGGUCUUCGAAGAGCCAGAGGACUUCCUCAAGCACUGCCAAGCAGACCAUCUUCUGGAUGAGAAGGGCAGGGCACAAUGUCUCCUCCAGAGAGAGAUGGUACAGUCUCUGGAGCAGCAGCUGGUGCUGGAGAAGGAGAAGCUGAGUGCUAUGCAGGCCCACCUGGCUGGGAAAAUGGCACUGACCAAGGCUUCAUCUGUGGCAUCAUCUGACAAGGGCUCCUGCUGCAUUGUAGCUGCUGGCAGCCAAGGCAGUGCCGUCCCAGCCUGGUCUGGCCCCCGGGAGGCCCCUGACAGCCUGUUUGCUGUGCGGAGGCACCUGUGGGGUAGCCAUGGAAACAGCACAUUCCCAGAGUUCCUUCACAACAUGGACUACUUCAAGUUCCACAAUAUGCGACCCCCUUUCACCUAUGCCACGCUCAUCCGCUGGGCCAUCCUGGAGGCUCCAGAGAAGCAGCGGACACUCAAUGAGAUCUACCACUGGUUCACACGCAUGUUCGCCUUCUUCAGAAACCAUCCUGCCACCUGGAAGAACGCCAUCCGCCACAACCUGAGCCUGCACAAGUGCUUUGUGCGGGUGGAGAGCGAGAAGGGGGCUGUGUGGACCGUGGAUGAGUUGGAGUUCCGCAAGAAACGGAGCCAGAGGCCAAGCAGGUGUUCCAACCCUACACCUGGCCCCUGACCUCAAGAUCAAGGAAAGGAGGACAGAUGAACAGGGGCCAAACUGGUGGGAGGCAGAGGUGGUGGGGUCAGAGAUGACAGGCCCUGGAUGUGCCCACAGGGAACAAGAAGUGAGAUUUCCACUGUCUUGCCUGCCAGGGCCCCUGUUCCCCCAUUGGCAGCCAUCCCUCCCCCAUCAUAUCCUUUGCCCCAAGGCUGCUCAGAGGGGCCUCAUUCCUGGCCCCAGCCCCGACCUCUGCCCCAGACACACCCCCCAGUCGAGCCCUGCAGCCAAACAAGAGCCUUCACAACCAGCCACACACAGCCUGCCUCAGCUGCUCGCACAGAUGACUUCAGGGCUGGAAAAGUCACAUAGACACACAAAAUGUCACAAUCCUGUCCCUCACUCAACAUAAACCCCAAAACACAGAGAGCCUGCCUCAGUACACUCAAACAACCUCAAAGCUGCAUCGUCACACAAUCACACACAAGCACAGCCCUGACAACCCACAUCCCCCAAGGCGCACACCCACAGCCAGCCUCAGGACCCAUAGGGGCACUGUCACACGGGUGUGCCCAGAGGCCUACACAGAAGCAGCGUCAGUACCCUCAGGAUCUGAGGUCCCAACACAUGCUCACUCACACACACGGCCUGUUAGAAUUCACCUGCGUUACCUCACGCAUGUGCACACGCACAGCCCCACAGUGGGUCUCUUGAGUCCCAUGCAGACAUACACAGCCACACACACUGACUUGCCAAAAAUAUCCCAUUGUCUCCCCUGCCACUCACCUCACUCCCAUUCUCUGAGCCCUGAUCCAUGCCUCAGCUUAGACUGCAGAGGAACUACUCAUUUAUUUGGGAUUCAAGGCCCCCAACCCACAGUACCAUCCCCAAUAAACUGCAGCCGAGCUCCCCACA